GGAGCCGCCGCCCCCUCUCCCUUCCUGCGCUCCUUCCCACCAUGAGCAGGGCUGAUUUCACCUUAUAAAGAUGGCGGUGUGGGAUCGCUGCAACCUUUAGACUAAUGACUGUCAGAAACAUCGCCUCCAUCUGUAAUAUGGGCACCAAUGCCUCUGCUCUGGAAAAAGACAUUGGCCCAGAGCAGUUUCCAAUCAAUGAACACUAUUUUGGAUUGGUCAAUUUUGGGAACACCUGCUACUGUAACUCCGUGCUUCAGGCAUUGUAUUUUUGCCGGCCGUUUCGGGAAAAUGUAUUAUCAUACAAGGCCCAACAGAAAAAGAAGGAAAAUCUCUUGACCUGCCUGGCAGAUCUUUUCCACAGUAUUGCUACCCAGAAAAAGAAAGUUGGAGUUAUUCCACCAAAGAAGUUCAUAUCAAGGUUACGAAAAGAGAACGAUCUCUUUGAUAACUAUAUGCAGCAGGAUGCACAUGAGUUUUUAAAUUACCUGCUCAACACCAUCGCAGACAUUUUGCAGGAGGAGAAGAAACAGGAAAAGCAAAAUGGGAAGCUGAAAAAUGGCAACAUGAAUGAAGCUGAAGAGAACAAUAAGCAAGAACUCACCUGGGUGCAUGAGAUUUUUCAGGGAACACUGACUAACGAAACUAGAUGUUUGAACUGUGAAACCGUUAGUAGCAAAGAUGAAGAUUUCCUUGACCUUUCUGUUGAUGUGGAGCAGAACACAUCAAUUACACACUGUCUAAGAGACUUCAGUAACACAGAGACAUUAUGUAGUGAACAGAAAUACUACUGUGAAACUUGCUGCAGUAAACAAGAGGCACAGAAAAGGAUGAGAGUGAAAAAACUGCCCAUGAUUCUUGCCUUACACCUCAAGAGAUUCAAGUAUAUGGAGCAAUUGCACAGGUAUACUAAGCUGUCUUAUCGUGUAGUAUUUCCUCUGGAGUUACGUCUCUUCAAUACAUCAGGCGAUGCUGUCAACUUAGAUCGGAUGUACGACUUGGUAGCUGUUGUUGUUCACUGUGGAAGUGGACCGAAUCGGGGGCAUUACAUUACUAUUGUGAAAAGUCAUGGAUUUUGGCUCUUGUUUGAUGAUGACAUUGUAGAGAAAAUAGAUGCUCAAGCCAUUGAAGAAUUCUAUGGUCUGACCUCUGAUAUAUCAAAAAAUUCAGAAUCUGGCUAUAUUUUAUUCUAUCAGUCAAGAGAGUGACUUGGCAAACGGUGACAAUUGCGCACAAAGAUGCUGCACGCAAAAGAAGGUGAUGGCCCUCCUUAACUGACUUUGACAUAGACCACAUCUUGUAUGGUUGAACAAUAGUACACUCUGUCUCCUGUUAAAUGGUCUAUGUGAUAUUGACUAUAACAGUCCAUUUUUGACACACAGAACUUUGUUUUGGAGAGGGGGGUUGUUUGUAGGUUUUAAGUCUGAUUGAAGAGUUAAUUGUAGUCAGAUCUUAGUGGCAUUUUUAUGGACUAACAUUUACAGAUAAUAAGAUUUGGAUGUCAAUUGUUAAACCCGAUCCAGCUCGAGUAGUAUUUUGUAUGGAAGUGUUCAGUGCACUUACGGCAAAAUUGUUUUAAACUUUCUAAAUGGCUUUGGGGUGUGUUGAUUUACAAAGCAUUCCUUCAAACGCAUCUUGACAAAUACUUAACCACUUUAAGUGUACGGAUAAAAAUAUGCUUGAUGAUGAUUGGAAUUGUAGUUGUUUAGGGGAUUUUUUUACGUGUUACUCUCUGCAGCAAAAAAAGUUAUUCUUCCAAAAUCAUUUAAGCUUUGGGUUGUUAUAAACUUUCAGUGCAUAACCUCAGGCCUAAAAUCCACGUAGAUGGAUUUAAGUUACAGUAGAAUUAAGUAACUCUUUCUGUCUGUCCAAUCACUUUGUUUAUCAUGAUGAGGUAAGUUUUCAGAUGAGGUACAGAUGAGAUGAGAAUUCAGAAUUCACAGAGGACUGGAAUAAAGGGAGUGAGAUAACACAUAUUAUGCAGAGAUAAAUUACAUUUAUAGAGAUUGAACUUAUCUUCCUAUUAAAAUGAUAUCAUAGGUUGUUUACUUAAUUGAAUUUGCAGUAAAUUGCUUACGUUUAACGUAUCCAUCAGGACUGAAAUUACACAGUUCAUUUAAAAUAAGUGUUGUUCAUAAAAUGCAUAAGACACGGCUUGAUCCAGCAAUUUUCUGAAUAUCUUUAAGUUCUAUUUUUAUUUCUCAAGACAGAGUCCAUUUCUUAGCAGCAUAACACAAUACAUAACAACCAUUAUUUUACACACACUAUCAUGUAUGUAUCAUCUCUUAACAUUUUGUCCACAUUUGAGAGUACUUGGGUGAUCACAGAAACAAGGCUCUAAAGUGUCUGAUUUGAAGAACAUCAGAAGUCUUAGUGCAAAAGGCUUUGUUUGUGAUUUUACUGGAUGACUUUGGCUGGUAUUAGUCAUGUACUGGCUAAGGUUGCUGAACUCGCACACUGGAAUUUGGCAAAGAAUGAAUGUGGAAGAAAGUAACAACAGGUUAUGAGAAGGGUUUGAUAGCAGGCUGAGGCGGUGGUAACACUGGGUAACUACCUUGCUUAGUUUGACACUUUCACUCCAUUAUGCAAUUCAUGAACUUCAGUAGCCAAAUUCCUAUUCCAGUGAAGUCAACAGCAAAACCACUCUAGUCUUCACAGGGACUGACAGUUGAUUCUAGUAUUUACAAGGAAAUAUUCUCAUCUCAUAAAAUUUAAUUCUACCUGUUUAUUUCGUUCACUCUCAUUAAGUAUUUAUUAAAUAAUGUUGCCUUUGGCUCUUCUUUUCUUCAAGAAGCCUGCCUGCCACUUUAUGGCCAACACUCCAUUUCGAGAAAUGACUUUUGAAGUGCAGCUAAAUCUUAUAUUUUAGUGUUCUGUAGGAAAGAGAAUAACUUCCUUUUCAUUGUAAUCUACUGUGAAUGUGAAAUAUCUUUUGUUAAAUAACGGUGAAAAUGAAGUACUGGCUUCUACUGCAACAUAAAUGAAGUUCAGUUGGAUUUAUCAAGGGCCAUCUUGUAAACUAAGGAAAUUCAGCACUUUACACUGAAUGAGAAACAGAAGUGGGCUUUUAAUCUAACCUUAUUUGUUAUUUAUCAUGUUAUUAUACCAAUACAAGAAAACAGAUGUAGAAUGUAACCUUAGAGUACUUACUUAGGGGAAUAAUAGCAGUGGUCUACAGAGAUCACUCACAUGAAUGAGGGCUGGUAUGCAGGUGCAAGACCAGCACAAUUGGGAUGCAGAUGUAGUUCUUUUAUCGAUAUUAGAAUGAAAUGUGCUGUCUCUAACAUAGUAGAGAGAAAUCUUGCAGGAUACUUCAACUCUCACUGAGGCUCAGGAGCUUUUCCACUGAAAAGCUAAACCUACAAAUCCCUCUUUAAUGUGUUUAUUUACAAGCAUUCAGAAUUUCCACAUUAAAACAUAGCAGUCACUUGCCUCUUAAAAUGGGUAAAGUUUCUUUGUUGUGAAUGAAGGCGCCUUGUAGAUCAGUGCUAGCCAGUGCUGAUCCAAAGGUCUGUAUGUCACAGUUUACUGUUGAACAUCAUUAGGACAUCCUUCAAUUUUAAAACAAGCAACAAAAAAGAUAUUCUUAAGGUAUCAUUUGAAUAUUUAUGGCUCAAGUUUAUAUGAAAAGUAAUUUUUUCAUAAAAAUAAUUUUUAAAUCAGUCAAUUUUAGGAAAUGUUUUCCAUAUUUCAAUUGACUUAUGUGAAAAUUGAUUUUUAUAAUGGUAAUAAUAUGAAUUAAUAUUUAAAUGCUAAAAUACUAGAUAAUAAUCUUUGGUUUUCUCCAGCUGCAAGACAGCUCUAGGUUGUAAAAACCAGAUAAUCGCAGUAUGUCACUGAGAGCAAAAUUACUAGAAUAAGCCUUCUCACAGAAUAUGAAAAACCACUUUAUAUUCAUGCUAGCCCAUGAAAGAUCACAGCACUGGAAUCACAACAGUCCACAUCAGUGGUCUGACUUCAGCUCUGAAAAAUUGUGGAAUGUUCACAUUAUGCUAACACCAGCUAAACUAACGAGUGUUUUCUUUUGAUUUAAAAAAAAAUUAUUUAUAGUCACAAUUCUACAGAUUCUAUCUAGUCUGCAGUGUGCUGCAUGUCUUAACUUAGGUCCAGCAAAAGCAGUCCAUCGUGGCUGUAUGAAAAGUGCCAGUCUAGACAGCAGAACUUCUUUUCUGUGUCAAAUUAAGCCCAUUUACAUAGGUUUUGCAGGAUUGGGUCCUCACAGGAACAAUCAUAUGAGGUAGAGUAUUUUUGUUGAUUAAAUAAAACAUAAUCCUUUUUCUCUUAUGCUUAUGUACAGAUUUCCAGUCCCUUAUGAAAGAAUGGAAAAAUAUCUAGGACAAUAAAAGCUUUUCAGCCAGCAGCUAGAAAACUAAAUUGUAGCAUAGAUGUCGUAGUACUCUGUGUUUCCCUAAAAUGACUAUUUUUAUGGUGUUGGAUUCUGAGUACAUUAGGUCUAAUGACAUAUGAAGUUUUCUACUUGUUUCAUGCAUGUCUCGCCGAGAUGUGCUGUCCAUUUAUGAAUCUUAUUGGUAUGUUCUUACUUAGAAAAAAGAACAUUUUGGUACUGUACUGGUUUUCCCAAUGAAGCACUGCAUUGCUGAUGAAUUAGUUAUCUCAGAGGAUGAGCUCAGGCCUCAACUUCUAUGUUUCACAGAACAGACUGUCAGGAUUUUAUGUAAUUUCUAUUUUUAGGACAUAGCAGAGGGAAGCAGAAGAGGGAAGUGAUGGAGAAACCAUACCAGUGAAGCAAACAUCUUGUUGAAAUUAAGUCCCAAAAUUACUCCUGUUGAUUUUAUUUUAAUAAUUUACAGUUACCUCAGAGCAGCAGUUUACGUCUUAGAAGUCUUGUUACCUUAGCAGCUGGAGGAAAGAAAAUAAAGCAGUAGGUGUUUCCUUUGUAUUAGGUUUAAUAAAGAUGUUAAAGAACUAUCUAAGCUGAAACUGAAAUUCACAUUACAUGAUGGGCCCUAAAGUGCUACCACAGCCUGCCUCUUAUCUUCAGAUAUUAUAUUUAAUUCACUCAUCUGUUACAGCAUCAUGUAGCUGCAACCUGAGCUGAUAACUUGUAGCUACCAGUGAUUCGAGGCCUCUCAGUGGCAGACCCUUCCUGUUUUGUUCUCUUUUCUAUGCUGCUUGUGGCUGACAAUUGUGAGCAGAAUUGUACAGCUGAAUGUGUACUAGAAAUUUUAAGAAGUUUUGGCUGUGUACCUGUUCUUUGCUAGUACCUUUUAUCAGUGUUUGUUUUAAUUUAUUUCUCUUUUUUGGUCUGUUACUGUAUUUGUAUAAAACUUAUGUAGUUAAUAUUAUUAGUUUUCUGUUUUAAUCUUCAUGUACUUUGAUUUUUAAAAAUUUAAUCAACCCAAGCACUUUAAGCAACAAUGUCAAUCUCGUGAAAUUCCAAUCAGCUUAACAUUUUGCCUUUGUAUUUUUGCUUUUGCAGCUGUUUGCUUGUGAUCCAAUGUCUCCAGUUACAACCUAGUUUCCAUUUUUAGGCUUGUUGUCCUAGUUGGGUUGUAAAUUUGAGAAGCCCAAAUUUCUUCAUACAUAUUUCUUCAUACCUAACAAGGAUGCAGUAUUUAUUAUGUGUCUGCCACACAUAGCAGUAUGUACCUGACGAAUUGCACUCACAGUGUGUAUUUCGCAGCCUUUUUUGUUACUCUGGCCUGUCUGAGAAUGACUGUAAGACUUUAAUCUCUGGCACAGUUAUCAAUUACUAUAAUUGAUACUAUAAUUACUAUAACCACUUCACACAGGAGAAUUGUCUUUACCAAACACAGCUGUCAAUCAGCUGAUGAUGCAGGUAUUGCUCUCUUUGCCAUUUUAUCCUUGCUCUAUACAGUCUCAGGUGUGAAUAAUCUUAAGAGCUGCAUUUAUUCUCAGCCUUUGUGUAAGUGCUAGGAACAAUUUCUAACAAUUUCUAAUUGCUAAGAGCAAUUUUUUUGCAUUAUCCUCACUCCACUUAGACUCAUAUAAAGGGAAGAGAUAAUGAAGUAGUAUAAAUGCUGGUGUGAAAAACCCCACAUCAUCUAUCAAAGACUCUGGAUGUUUCUUAGAAGACAGCAUCUGUGGUAUCCAUAUCAGCAAGUCACUGACUUCCUGUGUGGUUAAUGCAAGGGUUAUUCUUUUUUUGUUAGGCAUCAUAUUCUAUGUGAUCAAUGAAAAGACCAAGGCUUUUUCAUGUUGCAUCACUUCUGUUACUGAGGUGUUUCGUCUCAAUUUACAUGGCACUUAAUAUUUAAGUAGCCCUUGGGAAGCUUAGAUAGACACCCUUUUGAUUUAUUUCCAGUUAACUGGCAUUAAUUCAAAGAGAUUGCUUGAACCUGUCCAAAAGACUUAUUCAGAUUAACUCUCUCCUUUUUGCACACAAGGUCAAAUAACACCUAUCAUGAGGUAUGUGCCCACCUGAUGGGACCACCUGGGCUAAGCACAUGCCUCUUUACACACUAAUGAUUCUUUAUGCCCUAGUAGGUUUGCUUGCCUGAAUGAUUUAAUAUGAAACUGUACAUAUUUUCUUUUAUUCAUGAUCUCAGAGUUGCUAUAAUUCUUUAAUAAUUUUGCUUCAUUUGGUUAUAAAAACUGGGACUAUUUCACAAUGUAAAACUUGUGUGCACCAGUCACAGUGGUCAAUUUAAUAGCCUAAUGCUUCUAAUGAAGGCUAGUGCAGAUGGCAACUUCACUAUAUGGAAGAAUAUUAAAGAGUAAGGGACUUUUCUGAUAGCAUGGUAGGUCUGUAGGGAGAGCUGGACUGGCAUGCAGCUUUCUAACCUUCAGUUUAUACCCUGCUGAAGUUGGUGCUCCAUCCUCUAGAUAUUCCUAACCCUUCUCCUGGGGAUUCCAAAGUGGCAAGAGCAAACCCUUUGCAAAGACACCUUGAAGUUCACCAAAACAUCUUGCUUACCACAGUAGAUAAUGAAUAUUUGCAACCACUCUCUCCUUGCUCCCCAAAACCUGAUGAAUAGGUAGGUUUACAUUCCUUAACAAGACUGAAUUUAAACAUCAGCUUUGUAUUUACAGUGGUGUUCAUAUUCACAAAUGUCCCAAGACAAAUUGUGUUCACACACUAAAUAGUUUCCUACUCCUCUCUCAGCUCUCAUUCUAACAGCCAGAGCAACAUCAAGACAGCCGUGCUACAAGUUCAAGUGUUUCUCCUGGAGACAGUUUUCUGGCUUCUGUGGCUUUUGUUAAAGAACAUCUAACAAACUCCAUAUCUUAUCCAUGACUUUUUAGGAGUAAAGUCACUGUAUGCUCUAUGAAUAUGAGUGUAGGGUAGGGGCAAGAAGAAAGAGAAGAGGAAAAAAUAUGGCAAGGGCUGUUUUUUUGGAGGCUUUGAAUAUGUAUAUUUGUUUGUAAAUAUAUAGACCCUCUCUACCUUGUUAAAACGAUGCAAUCAUAAUAAAACUACUUAAAUAUUUUGUGCUAGUUUUUUAAAUUGAGUAGGAGGUAGUAAAAUUAUUAGGCACACAAUUGGGGACACAUAAAAAUACUAAAUUUCUAGUAAAGCAUUUAAUACAUGGUGUAUGUGUACAGUUGAAUAUCUGCUCUUUUUAAUCAUGUACAUGUAAUUAAACCCUGCACUACCUGCAGAACUGUAAGAUAAAUCUCAUGUUGGUUAUUAAGGUUGUAACAUAAGAAAACAGUAUUUUCUCCUGUUAACAUGUUUAUAUUUUACAUAAAAUAAACUCACUAGCUGAUCUUGCUUCCAUUUAACUUGCUUCGAAUUCAGCUGGAGCCAGACUAAGGCUGAAUAUUGAUGUUGGUUGUUACACAUCAUGCUUUGGAAUAACAGGUAUCUGUAUUCUUACAGAUGGCAAGUCUGCUGAUGCUUACUUUUUAUUUCAUUUAAUGGAGUCAUUGCAUUUUAAGUGGCUUCAGAAAAUAUUUCACCACAUGGGCUAACUGCCUCUAAAAUGUCUUAAGGGAACAAAUUUUGCAUGCGAUUCAUGAGUCAUUUUGGUGGUGUAUAUACAAUUGUGUGACUGAGGUGUACUUGCUUAAAGCACAUCGCUGACCUUGCCAAUGUUACUGAGAACAGCUAAAACUGAACAGAAUAAAAAGCAGCGAGAAUUGAACUGCAUUUUGCACCAAGGAACAGCAAUCCCAAGCUGGGAUUUAGCCUGGGAUUUUACCUGUGACAACCAGACUGGGAAAGGGUUUUGUUAAUGAGGACUAAAAUUCUGUCAGAGAAUUGAAAGGUUCCUGCAGCCUGCUCACUUUCCUGAAGUUAUUCACUAGCAAACACAAUUUACUUUCUUAAAAGUUAAGUAAAUAAAAGCCUGGAGUUUCUUGUUGUUAUCUAAAUGGAUUCUUGUUAUUCCUUCAGAAUUGUUCAGAGAACUAAAAUCAAACAUAGCUGUCAAACAGCAUGUUAAAUUUAUAGCUAACAUGCUAUAGGAUUUAUGGCACAUCAGACUGUAAAAGGCAUAGCUUGAAAACCACUUAAUUUCUUACAGUACAGAUUUCCAUUCAAACAAAAAACCUUGAAACA